AUGGUUACUAUAAUCGAACAGCCUCUGCACCGGUACUGUGACCCACUGAAGACGAGCCUCACCUCAGUCACCGCCGUCUUACAGCCAAGCGCGAACGCAAUGUUUUUCGAAAGUUUUAUUCUCAACUUGUUCAUACUCCUCGUUCUAAUAUUCGCCUUAAUUUUCGACUAUGUCACUAAGUUCUUCAGCUAUUGGUACAUACGACACGUGCCCUACAAACAAGCUAUUCCAUUUUUCGGCAGCGACUAUCAUCGAGUCACCGGCUUGAGAAGCACGACCGACGAAGUCAAUCAACUCUACAACCAAUACCCCGAAGACAAAUUCGUGGGCUGUAUCAAGAGCAGGAUCCCAGAUUUGAUUGUGAAGGAUCCAGAUGCAGCAAGGAAAAUUCUAUCAACGGAUUUCUCAAAUUUCCAUUGCCGAGGCCUCGGGCUGGACAAAUCCAGGGAUGUUUGUUUACGAAACAAUUUGUUCUAUUCCGAGGGUGAAAAGUGGACUCUAUUGCGCGGGAGGUUAGAAGCACUUUUGAAUAACAUGGAUGUACAGAUCGAAGACGGCUUACAUGACUGUUUGUCCGGAAUCAACGGAGAUACGAACGUUCAACAGUUAUUGUCGGAGUUAUUGGAUAUUGUUUUUAAAGAUUUACUUAUUGGUAAUAAUGCUGAAGGAUCAAUUAUAACAUGUUUGCGAAAAGAAUCGCAACAACGAACGUACCAAGACAAAUUAAAAGGUUAUUUGAAAAAUAUUUUUCCAUCUGUCUACAUUUUGUUAAAGCUGAGCUCUACGAAGCUGUAUGAGAAAUAUCAGCAUUUAAUGAAAGAUACGAAAUUAUAUAGCGAAAUUAAGAAGGCAGAAAAGAUUACGCCACAAGAUGGUAAAGUCAGAAUUAAAGAUACAGAUGAGAACUAUACAUUUUCAAUUCUAUCGUUAUUUAUGAGAGAAGGUUAUUUGCCAUGCCUCAAGAUAUUAACAUCCCUGCUGUUUGAAUUAUCGAAACAUCCAGAAGUACAAGAAUCAGUUAGGAAGGAUAGCCAACAACUCGAUCUAGCUAUUAAGGAAACUUUGAGACUACAUCCAGCGUAUUCAGUAAUUUCUCGUAAGUGUGUUAAAAUGUACACAUUUGCCAAACACGAUUUUCUCGUUGACAAAGGAGUGACUAUUACUGUACCCGUGGAAGAAUUGCAUAAAGAUGAACAGCAUUUUAGUGAAGCACAGUCCUUUAAGCCAUCUAGAUUUGAAAACGAAACACCAGCGUUUGUGCCAUUUGGUUUAGGACCUAGAAAAUGCAUUGGUGAAGACUUAGCAAUGAGAAUAAUUCAUACAGUAUCAAGUAAAAUUGUAAAAAGCUUCGCUUUGGAAAAAUGUACGAGAACGCCUGAAAAGCUCAAAACGGUGGACCACGAUUUUAUUCGGAUCAUAGAAAAUGACGUUUGGCUGAAAUUUAAACCUAUAUGA